CUGCCACAGCAGCGGCUGCCUCGUCAGGGAUGGGAGGGAGUGCAAGUGGUACCAGCAUGAUUGGUGUGAUCAUUUCUGCUGUCGUCGGCUUUGCCUUUUCCUCGGCCACCAAUCUCAUGAUCUCUCUCAAUACCAUCAUUCUCGCCAUGGUUGUCUCCUCGUUGAUCCUGGCUCGCUUGGUCUUUGGCACUGUCUCGGGUGCAGAGCAUGCCAGAGCCAUGGAUUAUCUGUGGAACUUUAUCGUGGCAAAGAUCAUCAUGGUCGCCGCUGUUGCAGUGGUCGAUGCCAAGGAACUCGCCGCCUGGUUGGUCUGGUUCUCUCUCCUGGCAAGCAUGCGCGUCUUUGCUGUCCUCGCCAAGGAGCGCUACGGCGUCAUGGCCGCUCGCGGCGCCUCCUCUGCCCAGCAUUCAAAGCUCAUCGCUCUCCUGCUCACCAUGGUUGUGGCCGCUACAGGCCUCCUGCUUGUUGCCCGCGCUGUGCUGGAGCCUGAGGGCAUCGGAUUUGUUAUUCUGUUUACCUUUGAGUGCGUGGCUGUGGUCAUCGCUUCCUCGCAGACGCUCCUCAAGUACGCGGUCGAUCUGUACGCCUCGUCGCAGCCGCCCGGCUGGGAGCUCCGCGACCACUACGUGUACCUGGUCGAGUACGGCACCGACGUGUCGCUCCUUGGUCUCACUCUCCUCCAUUAUGUCCACAUUCUCAUUAUCGACGGCUUUUCGUUCUCCAUCGUCGACUUUAUCAUCCUCUACUCGCUCCGCUCGGUGUGGACCCGGCUGCGAGCCACCCGCGACCGCUACGCUGCCUAUCGCGACGCCUCGCACCGGCUCAACCAGCUCAUUCCCGACGCCACUCCGGCCGAGCUGGCCGAGACCGACGACGUCUGCGCCAUCUGCCGCGACGCCAUGACCUCGGCCAAAAAGCUUCCCUGCGGCCACCUCAUGCACUUUGCCUGCCUCCGCCGCUGGCUGCAGGAGAACCCGACGUGCCCUACGUGCCGUCGACCCAUCGGCGGCAACGACAACGGUGCGGCCGGUGGCGGUGGUGGUGGCGGCGGCGGUGGUGGUGGUGGUGGCGGCGGCGGUGGCGCGCCGCCUCAGCCGCACAACCAUGGCCACACUCACACCCAUACCCACGGCCACGUUCACGGUCAUGGCCACGGCCACGGCCCGCCGCCGCCACCCUCGGGCGCUGCGGCGCACACCCACACCCACGGCCCUGGCGUUCAGCACACUCGCCGGACACUUGGCGGAGGCUGGCUGCCGAGCAUCUCCAUCGACACGGUGACGACCGCUCACGGUGGGACGUACACCAUGGGGCUCGGCGGAGGGGCCAAUCUGGCCAACGUGGUCAACACCAUGUUUGGCGGCGGCGCGCCACCGCCAUCUGCCGGCGGGGCUGCGGCACCUCCUCCGCCGUCUUCGCCUGCCGCGCGUGAGCUCGACGCCCUCGUCGCCCGCGUCAUUGAGAUUUGCCCACAGGCUGACCCAGAUGCUGUUCGCGAGGACCUGCUCGUCACCCGCUCGGUCGAGAUUACCAUCGAAAACGUGCUCUCGGGCGUUGUGCGCGCUCGUGCGCCGACUCCCCCACAGACUGCUACGCCUGCGCCUGCGCCUGCGCCCGCAUCAUCGGCGUCACGGCCUGUUGGCACCUCGGCGCGGUCAUCGCCACCGCCGCUUCCCGACCUGCCGCUGGCAUCUCAGGCGCCAUCUGGCUCGGGAGCAUCGGCCUUUGAGGCCCGCGCGCAGUUCCUUCGCGAGACGGCUCGUGCGCUUUAUCUCCGGCGACUGCACCGCGAGUCGGACUUUGACGUUGCCGACACAGCAACGACGACGACAACGACCACUACAACAACAUCGACGACGACGACGACAGCACAGGCGCCAAGCCCGGAUGCGUCGCGCGCGAUAGCGCCACCUGUGGACCCAGCGGGAUCUCCGCCGGCCCGCCCGACCAUCGACCUCCCGCCCAAUUACGACGAGGCGACACUGGCAGGCCCGGCAUCCCCGGCAUCCCCGGCAUCCCCGGCAUCCCCGCUCUCUGGCGACGGGUCGGACGCACCAACCCGGUCCGAGCUCCGGAGUCGGAUGUUGCAGGCCGCACUUGCGCGGCACUCGCCGACCGGGGCCUCGUCAGGCUCAUCUCCGUAG